AGCGAAAUGACACGCGCGUUUUCCCCAGUUGUCCGUCGCGGUUUCCCGUAGAUGUGUGUGGACGCGACCCAGUGCCGAUAACAAAUCACAAUGGCUGAUUGCACUACUUUAGACAGUUUGCUGGAAAUGGGCUUCGACAGAAACAGAGCGGAGAAGGCAGUAGCACAUACUGGAAACCAGGGCAUUGAGAGAGCAAUGGACUGGUUAAUGGAGCACGAGAAUGAUCCAGAUAUAGACGAGCCUUAUGUUCCACCUGCCGGCAAUACUGUGGGCUCAGCAGAAGAACAGACCCAGUCUCCUACAGAACUCCCUGAAUCCAUCGAAGACACCGAAGAAGGCAAUGCCAGGCAACCUAGGACAGAAGAAGAAAGGAAGGAGCAAGUAAAACGACUGGAGGAUCUGAUGAAGGCGAGACAGGAAGAGAGGAGAGAGAGAGAGCGACAGGAGGGGAUAGAACGAGAAAAGCAGAGGAGGAAACAAGGCCAAGAGCUGCUGCAGGUCCGACAGAAGCUUCAAGAUGAUGAAAUGAAGAAACUGGCAGAUCAGCGCAGGAGAGAGAAGAUGGAGGACAGGCUUGCCAAGCAGCGUGUGAAAGAUAAGAUUGCACGAGACAGAGAAGAAAGGGCACAGAAGUUUGGAGGCGGUUCAUCCAGCACAGGACUGUCGUCACCUCCUGCUGAAGCUCCUCCACUGUCUCCACCUGAGAACCAAGGAGCUCCUCCUGCCAAAAAAGACUAUGAUGACUGUCGGAUACAGGUGCGUCUUUUAGACGGGACCACCCUGAGCACCGUCUUUAAGGCUCAGGAACCGCUGGCUGCUGUAAGAGUCUAUGUCCAGAUGAACGGGGCGAACGGACAGGACUUCAACCUCAUCACCCCGUAUCCCAGACGCGUGUACACGGAUCUGGACAUGGAGAAACCCCUGCGUGAGCUGGGUCUGGUGCCUUCUGCCGUCCUUGUGGUUACAAAGAAAUGAAGUAAAAACGAUGAUAAAAGCAAGCUGUUCUUCCAGACAUCAAUACGAGAGCAAACAGAUUCUGCUGUGGAGACGAUGAAUCAGUGGACCCGCUGCUGCUGCUGCAAAGAACACACACAACAAAACGCCAAACAUACAAUGCAACGAGCUGAUCAAUAAAUUCAUUAAACGUAAAGCUGUCAGUUCUGCUUAAUAAUAAGUUGAGAGAGUUUUCACAGACAUUGAUGAUGUGGUUGUCACCUUUUUGUUUUGCCACACUAAAUAAAACAUUUUCAACAAUAAAAUCAAUCAAACUCGUCAGAA